UGCGCAUGCGCGGCGCAAAGGACGUUUAUCCUUUUAUUCCGACCUCACAUAGAUAAACAAACACAUUUUAAAAGGGGGCAUCUAUUUUCACCAAGAAUAGACGGGUGAAAUGUAUCCCCAAAGCAAGAUGUCUCCCUGCAUCCUGCUAACUGUCCUUGGUCUUCCCUUUGCCACUUGUUUACACUUUUUGGGUGACAGAGAAGAGGUACAAACGAUAUGCGCUGGCAAGGAAUUUAGACUUCCUGUUUAUUCCACAUCAAGAAUUGUAACAUUUACUCCAGAUCAACCAGGGCCUAGACGUGUGAUUUUGGAGAAAACUACAGUAAAGGACCCAAGAUUUGAGUGGACUAAAGAUAAGAUGCUAGUCCUAAAAGAGGUGACUCAUCAAGAUCAAGGACUUUAUUCAAUCAAACUGUUCUCUGAAUUUACCUAUGAGACAGUACGCUUAACUGUUUCAGAGUGCAUCAAGUCCUACAGGAAAAACUAUGGUGAAAACUUUGAGCACAGUAUCCCCGAAAAUAGCUUUUUGUUGGAGUUUUCUCCCAAGGGGGCUCCUCUUGAGGCCAUGCCAGUUGUGCUGUGGAACCGGACAAGUUACAAUGCCAGUGGUGUAGGCCGUGGUCGCAUUGUGAGAGGUGGGAAAGUGUGGAUGGCUGAUAAAGUGACACAGGCUGACCAAGGAAACUACACAGUGAGAGAUGCUCAAGGGAAAGUCUUGAUGCGGAGUACUCUUGCUGUGCAUGGCCAUUUCUUCAAUGUCACCCGCUUCACCAAAGAGUCUUUAAAUCUACCCCUCUUUCUCCCUGUGCCUCAUGCCCAUCUCAUCUUUACCCCCGCUCGAUACCCUGAUGAAUCUUCACUGGGGCCAUUUGACCCAAAGCCCCCUCGAGGUCCAGUCCAACUGGUUCGCGAGGGCCAGAUCACGGACCAUGACAUGCGAUACAGAGGCCUUAUCUCACUGGGACGUAAUGGGAGCAAAGACGAGGUGGUCAUUGUAAGGCUGACCUCUAGACACGAUGGCACUUAUGAAAUCAAAGAUAAAGAUGGCAACUUGGUCUCAACCACAUGGUUACAGGUCAUUGAAAAGGGAGGAAGAUGGCGAGCAAUUUUCAAAUCUAUCAGUGUACCUUCAGGGAUGUUUGUGUCUCUGGCUGGUUUUAUCCUUUUUAUGAAGCGCUACCCCUACUGCAGUCUUUCACAGAUUAUAACUGGGCUGAGAACCAAUCAUAAUCCACCUGUCAACCCACCAAGAGUCAACAUACAGGACUACAAUCAUGCAAGCCCCGGGCCCACUGGAUAUUACAGUUACUCACAAGAACCAUCAACGCCAAGAAAAUGGACUCCACGUGCCACUCCAGUCCAUUCAGGCUACAGUCAGGUAGGAACCCCGCCUCAAUCGUAUCAAUCUCCAAUGCGGACUAGGAAUGAGGAAAACCAAAGACUGACACCAGGGAGGUCUCCAGCUCAUAAUUCUGCUACACAGCUUACUGAAGAGGAGCAGAGGAUUUCGUUUUCAAUGCCUGGUGCUUCAGACUGCCUGCACGUUUCUGAAGAGUGUGUUCAAUUUCAGAUCAAGAAAAAUAAAGAGAAGUUAGACAACUCACAAGAUUACUUUUCCACACUGCCCCUCGACACUGACACAUCUGAAUCCUGCAGUGUCUACACAUCAGAUAAAUUGAAUUUUAGCUGAAAAGGGAUUGAGGAAUUAUGGAGGAAAUAAUUAAUAAAAGUCUUAACUGUGCCUUUUGUAUAUUUACAUCUAAUUUCCAUGAACUGCCGUUAAAAGCUGCAUGUUAAACUUUUAUGAAAUUUGUAACAAUCCUUUUGCACGUGUAGAGAAAUCACUGUCCUAUAUUACACUGGUCACUGAUGCUGCAGAAUUGCUCCAACUUCCUUCAGGAACCUACCUCCACACCCUCAGGACCAAUGUUAGAACUGUACAUUUGUGUUUAUGCCUGCCAUGUAAAUAUCUUAAUUAUAAAGACACAUCUGACAGUUUAUAGUCAGUUUGAUCCCCCAUCAUCGUACACUGUACGUCAGUUGGCUAAAAUGACUGCUUAGUGCAACGGAAAACUGUUACAUAAGUUAACAAAAGACUAAUAUAUCAUUGUAAAUUAAUUGCUUGUUAUCGAUGUA